AAAAAGAAGGAUAUAUGAUGAAUCCAAGUCGAUCUUAUUUCAUCUUCUUCUUUUCCCUUAUAUUCAACACUCUUGCUUCUCCUACGCACCAAAGGGAUGCUCUUUUGGAGUUCAAAAAUGAGUUCCCCUUCAAUGCACCAGUCUCAGUCCCAGAUGUUUAUAUUUAUACCUCCUUAAGUUCGUGGAACACAAGCAGUAGUGAUCACUGUUCCUGGGAUGGUGUCACAUGCAACGCUAAUUCCGGUGAGGUGAUAUCACUCUUCCUUGAGAACACCUAUCUCAAUGGCUCUUUGAAAGCAAACACUAGUCUUUUAAAACUCCAUCAUCUUCAGAACCUAACCCUUUCCAGUUGCGAUCUCAGCGGAGAGAUUCCUUCUUCACUAGGAAACCUUUCUCAUCUCAAACAUCUUGAUCUUGGUGGGAAUCACUUGAUAGGUGAAAUUCCGCCUUCAAUUGGCAACCUAGACCAGCUAACAUUUAUGAGAUUGGAAUCAAACAACUUGAGUGGUAACAUUCCUAGUUCAUUUGCCAAUUUAAACAAGCUGUCCCAUUUAACCCUCUCAGAAAAUCAAUUGUCUGGCGGAGAUUUACCUCUGAUACUAUCAAAUUUAACCAGCUUGUCCGAAUUAGACCUUUCUAAGAACCACAUCAAAUCCAAGCUUCCAUCUAACAUGAGUGGACUCCAUAACUUGGAGGUAUUUGCAGCGUUUGGAAACUCUUUUCUCGGGAAUAUCCCUACAUCUCUGUUUAUGAUUCCUUUGUUACAAAAGGUUUUUUUGAGUGGAAACCAGUUCGAGGGACCCUUAGAGUUUGGGAAUACAUCAUCUGAGUUAUACUUGCUAGAUCUUUCUUCUAACAAUUUAUUCGGACCAAUCCCAGAAUCUAUAUCUGGAUUUCUCAAACUCGAGUCCUUAGAUCUUAGUCACAACAAUUUCACUGGGUCAAUCCCAAGAUCUAUGUCCAAAUUAGUCUCCCUCCAGUUGGUAGAUCUCUCCUACAAUAAGUUGGAAGGUCAAGCACCGAGUUUCUUGUGGGGCUUGUCUUCCUUGAAGCUUUCUCAUAACUCUUUCAGCAGCUCCGAGGAAUCACUUGUCGUCAAUGGAAGUCACUCUGAUGAUCUUAGUUCAUAUUCAUUCCAACGAUCAAGCCAAGUUGAUAUUGGUUCAAAUUCACUCCAUGGAUCAUUACCCCGAUGGAUUUGUAAGUUUACAUCAUUAAUCUUCUUAGAUUUGUCAAACAACCAUCUCUCCGGAUCCAUUCCUUCAUGUCUUAUGAAUUUCACUGCUCUUGGCGAUAUACUUCUAAGAAACAACAGCUUGAGUGGAUCCCUUCCAGAGAUCUUUACCAAUGCCACCAAGUUACGAACGCUAGACGUUAGCCGUAACCAGUUAUCGGGGAAGCUUCCAAAAUCACUGAUCAACUGCUACUCUAUGGAAUAUCUGAAUCUGAAAGGGAACAAGUUUAAGGACAUGUUUCCAUCUUGGUUGAAUUCUUUGAGAGAGUUAAGUGUUCUGUUUCUCGGAUCAAAUGCAUUUUACGGUCCAAUCUCUUCACAUUUUAGAUUUCCAAGUCUGCGAGUCAUUGACAUAUCGCACAAUAGCUUCAAUGGAACAUUUCCACAAAAUUAUUUUGUGAAGUGGCGUGAAAUGUCGAUUGUGUGCGUAAAUGAUAGCAAGCACUUGUGCAAUGUCCACAUGGGGCAGUACCUUUUUGACGAUUCAAUGGAUAUGAUGUAUAAAGGUGUAGACACAAAGUUUCCACGGAUCUUAUAUGCGUUUAAAGCCAUCGAUUUUUCUGGAAACAAAUUCACUGGACGGAUCCCUAAAUCAGUUGGCAUGUUGGAGGGGUUGAUUCAUGUCAACUUUUCAAGAAAUGCAUUUACAGGCAGUAUCCCUUCGUCCUUGGCAAAUCUAGCAAAUCUCGAGGCACUAGACCUCUCUCACAAUAAGCUUUCGGGUACUAUUCCUCGUGAUCUCGCCAGGCUCUCCUUCCUCUCCUACUUGGACUUCUCCCACAACUUUCUCCAAGGUCCGGUUCCACGAAGCACUCAGUUUCAAAGCCAACAUUGUUCUUCCUUCGAGGACAACCUUGGACUCUACGGUCUUGAGGAAAUUUGUGGACAGAUCCAUGCUCCGGAACCAACAUCGGGAGAUUCACAACAGUCCGAGGAAUUCUCAUCACAGUCAGAAGAAGUGUUGAGCUGGAUAGCAGCUGCAAUAGCCUUCGGACCUGGUGUGUUCUGCGGAUUGGUGAUCGGAUAUAUCUUCUUCACUUCACACAAACACGUAUGGUUCAUGGAGAAGCUGCGUCGAAACCUUCCCGGUGGGAUCAUCACUGUUCGCUAAGCCCAUAUCUCUCUCUCUAUCAACUGUGUUUCUUUAAACGUCUUGUAAGUCUCUACUUCCAAUAACUGGUUCGUUAAAGUGUUGUGUGUUGUACUCUCCGUUCUAUUAAAGAUACCUACGU